AAAAGUUGAGGAAAGCGCUGGGAUGAGGAGAAGUCAGCAGUGACGGGGAGACGGAGUUGGUUUCUCAUCAUCUGGAAUGUGUCAGGCUGAACUGCGCUAAGUCAACACACAACUGGAUGCGCUCUGUCGGACUGCACACGUUGCCAUGCGCGUCUAUUUUUAGCGGCUUAUCGGGAAUUUGAUACUUUUUCUCCUUCUCGUGUAUUUAUUCAGCCAUACCUGCAAGCAACAGAGGAUCACUCCUCUGUCCGGUCUCAGGCGACUCUCCUGUCCAGGAGACAAGCUUUGACUCCAGACUGCAGAGGCUUUUUCCUUGAAAGGGUUCGGGGUUGAGCUGUGGAGAUGCCCGACCUUCUGCGCGGACGCCGGCUGCUGCGCCUGGCAGUGGCUCUGGUGGCCCUGCUGCCGCUCCUCGUCCACGGCCAGGACACCGCAGAGGUGCUGCAGGACACCGGGGACUCCGACUUGGUUAGCAAGCAGACCGACUCCAGAGCAAGUCGAGCCAAAAGAAGAGGAGGAUCGGACGUUCUGCGCGGACCAAAUGUCUGCGGAUCAAGAAACAACGCUUACUGUUGUCCCGGCUGGAAGACGCUCACGGGAGGAAAUCAGUGCAUUGUUCCAAUCUGUCGGAGUUCAUGUGGAGAUGGUUUCUGCUCCAGACCCAACAUGUGUACCUGUCCCAACGGUCAGAUUGCGGCCUCAUGUGGAUCCAAGUCAGUCACGAAUUGCAACAUCCGAUGUAUGAACGGGGGAUCAUGUGCCGAGGACCACUGCCAGUGUCAGAAAGGCUAUGUGGGAAAUCACUGUGGCCAACCCGUGUGUGAAAAUGGGUGUCAAAAUGGAGGACGGUGUGUGGCUCCCAACAGAUGUGUCUGCACCUACGGCUUCACCGGGGCUCAGUGUGAAAGAGACUACCGUACGGGGCCUUGCUUCGCAUCAGUCAACAACCAGAUGUGCCAAGGUCAACUUACAGGGAUUGUGUGCACCAAGACCUUGUGUUGUGCGACAGUUGGACGGGCCUGGGGACACCCGUGCGAGAUGUGCCCUGCACAACCUCACCCUUGCAGGCGAGGCUUCAUCCCAAACCACCGCACCGGAGCAUGUCAGGAUGUGGACGAGUGCCAGGCCAUCCCAGGCAUCUGUCAAGGAGGAAUCUGCAUCAACACAGUCGGGUCCUUCGAAUGCAAAUGCCCUGCUGGGCACAAGUUCAAUGAGAUCUCACAGAAAUGUGAAGAUAUGGACGAGUGCUCAAACAUUCCGGGUCUCUGUGGAGUUGGUGAGUGCUCCAACACGGCUGGCAGUUUCUUCUGCAAGUGUCCUCAGGGAUAUUACACGUCAGUAGACGGAUCCAGAUGUAUAGAUGCUCGAGGGGGAUACUGCUACGCAGGCCUUCUAAAUGGACGCUGUGCCAACCAGAACUCCCAACUGAUGACAAAAAUACAGUGCUGCUGUGAUAGUGGGCGCUGCUGGUCCGACGGAUCCACCCCUGAAAUGUGUCCAAUUCCUGGAACAGAAGAAUACAAGAAACUAUGCGCUCAGAUGCCAGAUGCCAAUGGUGGAAGGCCGAUACCUGGCCGUGUUCCUGGUGGUCCUGAUUUUCCUGGCAUCUACCCAGGUCCCUUUCCUGAACAACCACCUGGUCAAGUGCCUCCACAAAUCCCUCUGCAGGUUCCUGGGCCCAAUGGUCAAACUCCAGGACAAAUCCCUGGGCAGUUCAUUCCAGGACAAUACCCCGGACCAAUUCCUGUUCCACCUGGAGGUUCCGGUAUAAUCCAAACUCGCAAUAUCACCAACAUGUGUCAGGCCUAUCGCAACCUCUGCCUGAACGGCAGGUGUGUUCCCACAGCUGGUGGAGUCGGAUACCGAUGUGAAUGCAACAUGGGCUUCAAAUUGGAUGGCAGGGGAGAAUGCAUCGAUGAUGAUGAGUGCGAGAGAAGCCCGUGUGUCCACGGUGAGUGUGUCAACACUCCGGGUUCCUACAUCUGUCGCUGUCCUCCUGGUUUCCAGUCCACUGCUACCAGAACCGAGUGCCGAGAUCUUGACGAGUGCGUGGCCAACGGUCGCAUCUGCAACAAUGGCCGUUGUGUGAACACCGAGGGCAGCUUCCACUGUGUUUGCAACGCUGGAUUUGAGAUCUCCGCCGACGGCAAAAACUGUGAAGACCAGAAUGAGUGCCUGAUCAGAAACAUGUGUCUGAAAGGACUGUGCAUCAACGAAGAUGGUAGUUUCAAAUGCAUCUGCAGACCUGGCUUUCUGUUGGACUCCAGUGGACGCAUGUGUGUAGACGUUGAUGAGUGCGAGACUCCCGGCAUGUGCAUGAAUGGCCACUGCGUGAACACGGAGGGGUCUUUCCGAUGUGAGUGCAUGGCCGGGAUGGCAGUAGGACUGGAUGGACGUGUCUGUGUGGACACACACAUGAGGAGUACAUGUUACGGUGGCUACAGGCGAGGGCAGUGUGUUAACCCUUUAUUUGGCGCUGUGACCAAAUCUGAGUGCUGUUGUGCCAAUACUGAGUAUGCCUACGGUGAACCAUGCCAACCCUGCCCGCCUCUGAAUUCUGCGGAGUUUCUUACUUUGUGCCCAAGUGGCCUCGGAACAACUGGCGACGGAAGAGAUAUCAAUGAGUGUGCCCUGGACCCCGACAUCUGCCAGAAUGGAGUUUGUGAGAAUAUGCUGAGGACUUACAAAUGUGCCUGCAAUGAAGGCUUUGAGAUCGACCUGUCAGGCAAGAACUGCGUGGAUAUUAAUGAGUGCCUGAUAAACAGACAGCUGUGUGACAAUGGUCAGUGCAGAAACACGCCUGGCAGUUUCACCUGUCACUGUCCAAAAGGGUACCGUUUCGAUCCUGAUGCAGAUGUUUGUGAGGAUGUGGAUGAAUGUGAGUCCAGCCCAUGCAUCAAUGGGGACUGUAAGAACAACCGAGGGUCAUUUGUGUGCACAUGUUCUGCGGGAAGUACCAUCGACAGCUCGGGGCUGGAAUGCAUAGAAACAGUUAAAAGCACAUGUUGGCUUAAGAUGAUCAACGGUCGCUGUGAGGUCAACAUCAAUGGGGCCACGCUCAAGUCUCACUGUUGCGCCACGCUCGGGGAAGCCUGGAACAGCCCCUGCACCAAAUGUGAAAAGGAUUCAAUCUGCGGGAAAGGAUUUGCCCGCGCUCGGGGGAACACUUGUGAAGAUGUGGACGAGUGUCAGGUGUUUCCUGGUGUGUGCAUCAAUGGGAAGUGCGUCAACACACCGGGGUCCUUCGUCUGCCAGUGCCCUCCAGGAAUGACUGUUGAUAUCAGUGGCAGAACCUGCAUUGACCUGCGGACUGAAUACUGUUACCUGACCCACGAGGACGAACGCUGCGGGGCUGCAAUACCCGGGAAACAUCGAGUGGAUGCUUGCUGUUGCUCAGUGGGUGUGGCUUGGGGCCCUGAGUGUGACGAAUGUCCAGAGAAAGGCUCACCAGAGUAUACCCAACUGUGCCCUCGUGGACCGGGCUUCUCACACCGGGGUGACUUCAUUAAUGGCAGACCUUUCCUCAAAGAUAUAAAUGAGUGUAGAAUGAUAAACACGCUUUGUUCAAAUGGGAGGUGCCGAAAUACUAUCGGCAGUUUCCGCUGUCGCUGUGAUAAUGGCUAUUCCCUGGAUGCAGAUGAGCGAAACUGCACUGACAUUGAUGAAUGCAGGAUCUCCCCUGACUUGUGUGGACAGGGCAGGUGUGUAAACACAGCAGGAGAUUUUGAAUGUGAGUGCUUUGAAGGAUACGAGAGCGGCUUCAUGAUGAUGAAGAACUGCAUGGACAUUGACGAGUGUGAGCGUAACCCCCUGCUGUGCCGUGGAGGAGAAUGUGUCAACAACGAAGGCAGCUUUCAGUGCAUUUGCCCUGACGGUCAUGAGAUCGCACCUGACGGGUCGGCGUGUCUUGAUAUUAAUGAAUGCGAGUUGAGUGACCGGCUGUGCAGGAAUGGACAAUGUGUCAACAUGGUGGGCAGCUACCAGUGCAUUUGCAGCACUGGCUACAAGUCAACCGAGAGCCGAGUGGAGUGUGUUGACAUCGAUGAGUGCACCAUCGAGAACGGAGGCUGUGAGAAUUUUUGCACCAACUCCGAGGGCAGCUAUGAGUGUAGCUGCCUGAGUGGGUACGCGCUCAUGCCAGACCUGAGGAGUUGCACUGAUAUCGACGAAUGUGAGGAAAAUCCAGAAGUCUGUGAUGGAGGCCAGUGCACGAACACUCCAGGAACCUACCAGUGUCUCUGUUUCGAUGGCUUCAUGGCUUCUGAAGAUAUGAAGACCUGCCUGGAUGUGGAUGAAUGUGAACUGAAUCCAAACAUCUGUCUGAGUGGGAAUUGCGAGAACACCAAAGGAUCCUUCAUCUGCCACUGUGACAUGGGAUACUCCGUACGGAAGGGAACAACAGGAUGCACGGAUAUAAAUGAGUGUGAAAUCGGAGCGCACAACUGUGACAGACACGCCACAUGCACCAAUACAGCCGGCAGCUUUAAAUGCAGCUGCGCCCCGGGGUGGAUCGGUGACGGCCUGAAAUGCACAGACCUGGACGAGUGCUCAAAUGGGACUCACAUGUGCAGCAACAAUGCCGACUGUUUAAACACCAUGGGGUCUUAUCGCUGUGCCUGCAAGGAUGGAUACUCCGGGGAUGGAUUCUACUGCUCAGACACCGAUGAGUGUGCAGAGAACAGUAACCUGUGUGAAAGCGGCCACUGCCUGAACAUGCCGGGAGGCUACCGCUGCGAGUGUGACAUGGGCUUUAUGUCCACCCCCGAUGAGAAGGCCUGCAAGGACAUAGAUGAGUGUAGCUUCUCCAACAUUUGUGUAAACGGACGCUGUGAAAACAUUCCGGGCCUUUUCAAGUGUGAAUGUGACAUUGGUUAUGAGCUUGAUAGGAGCGGCGGCAACUGCACAGAUAUCAAUGAAUGUUUCAACCCCACAAUCUGCAUCAGUGGAGUGUGUGUGAACAUCCCUGGAAGCUACCUGUGCGACUGCCCGCCAGACUUUGAACUCAGUCCCAGCCGUGUGGGCUGUGUGGACCCUCGGUCUGGAAGCUGCUACUUGGAUUAUCGUUUCCGAGGGGAUUCAUCGGAGAGUUUGGAUUGCACCAAUGAGAUUGGAGUUGGUGUUUCCAAGGCAUCUUGCUGCUGCUCUCUGGGCCGGGGAUGGGGAAAUCCAUGUGAAACCUGUCCCUCUGUUAACUCCACGGAGUACAGGACCUUGUGUCCUGGAGGAGAAGGCUUCAGACCCAACCCUAUCACCGUCCUCCUGGAAGACAUUAAUGAGUGCCUGGAGCUGCCAGUCGUGUGCCAGGGAGGAAAGUGCAUCAACACUUUCGGCAGCUUCCACUGCGAAUGUCCGAGGGGCUACGCGCUGGACGAGGAAACAAGAGUCUGUGAAGAUAUCAAUGAAUGUGAGCAACCAGGCAUCUGUGGUCCAGGCCAGUGCUACAACACCAUUGGGAACUACACCUGCAUCUGUCCCGUGGACUACAUGCAAGUGAAUGGAGGGAACAACUGCAUGGACAUGCGUAAAAGCUACUGCUUUAGGAACUUCUACUCAGACAACCGGACAUGCGAUGGAGAACUGACCUUCAACAUGACCAAAAAGAUGUGCUGCUGCUCCUACAACAUUGGUCGUGCCUGGAAUAAACCCUGUGAGGAGUGUCCUGCUCCCAGCAGCGAUGAGUUUGCCCUGCUGUGCGGUAGUGAGAGGCCAGGAUUCUAUAUUGACAUCACCACUGGACGUGUCAUAGAUAUUGACGAGUGCAGGGAAAUCCCAGGGGUGUGUGAGAACGGCGUCUGCAUCAACAUGAUCGGCAGCUUCAGGUGCGAGUGUCCCAUCGGUUUUGUCUACAACGACAAGCUCCUGAUCUGCGAAGAUAUUGAUGAGUGCCAGAACGGGCCUGUGUGUCAGCAGAAUGCUGUCUGUCUGAACAUGCCGGGAAGUUUCAGGUGCGACUGCAAACAUGGAUAUCGCUUCACUCCCACUGGACAAUGUCUGGAUCGCAAUGAGUGUAUGGAGAUUCCUGGCAUUUGUAAUCCGGGUCAAUGCAUCGACACCUUGGGAAGCUACCGCUGCCUCUGUCCAAACGGCUUCAAACCGUCACGCGACCAGUCCAUGUGUGUUGACGUCGAUGAGUGUGAGAGACAGCCAUGUGGAAACGGGACGUGUAAGAACACCGUGGGCUCCUACAACUGCCUCUGCUACCCCGGCUUCCAGAACUCUCACAACAGUGACUGCAUAGACAUCGAUGAGUGUGCAACUCAGAGGGGCCUGUGUCGUGACGGCCAGUGUGUCAACCACGUGGGAAGCUUCCUUUGCAUUUGCAAUGACGGCUACGAGCUCACACCCGACGGCAGGAUGUGUGCAGAUAUCAAUGAGUGUGCAAUAAAUCCCGGCACGUGUGGCGCAGGGACUUGCCUGAAUCUGGAUGGAUCCUACAGGUGCAUCUGCCCACCUGGCUACUAUCUCCAUGAGGAAACCUGUGAAGAUAUUGAUGAGUGCUCCCAGCUUCCCGAGAUCUGUAUGUUUGGAACCUGCUCCAACACAGAGGGAAGCUUCACCUGCUUGUGUCCUCCGGGCUUUCAGCUGUCCACUUCUGGGCGGAGAUGUCUGGAUGCGCGGGUUAACUACUGCUACACCAAGUUUGAAAACGGACGCUGCCAGGCUCCGAAACCUCAAAACACCACCAAAGAGGAGUGUUGCUGCACUGGAAUGCCUGCUCAGGGUUGGGGAGACCCGUGUGAAAUUUGCCCGACCAAAGGAGAGGAGGCCUUCCCAAUUCUCUGCUCCAAAAUCGGAUAUCAACGGGGAGAUGAUGACGAUAAUCCGAAAGAUAUUGAUGAAUGCGUCAACGACCCGUGCAUCAACGGACAGUGCAUCAACACAGACGGCUCGUUCCGCUGUGAAUGUCCGCUGGGAUACCGGCUCGACAUCAGCGGAGUCACCUGUGUAGAUACCAACGAGUGUGACAUCGGUAACCCCUGCGGCAAUGGAACGUGCACCAACGUAAUUGGCGGUUUUGAGUGCGCGUGCGACGAUGGCUUCGAACCCGGCUCAAUGAUGACAUGUGAAGACAUCAAUGAGUGUGCCCAGAAUCCCCUGCUGUGCGCCUUCCGCUGUGUGAAUGUAGUGGGCUCUUACGAGUGCAAAUGUCCGACCGGCUACGUGCUCCGAGAAGACAAGAGGAUGUGUAAAGACCAGAACGAGUGUGAGGAUGGUAUUGACGAUUGUGCCAGCAGAGGCAUGACCUGUAAGAAUCUGAUCGGUACCUACAUGUGCAUCUGCUCCCCUGGAUACACUCGCCAGCCCGCUGGAGAUGGAUGCAUGGAUCUGAACGAAUGCACUGCCAAACCCGGCGUCUGUAAGAAUGGCCGCUGUGAGAACACAGUCGGAAGUUUCCGCUGCAAAUGUGACCAGGGAUUUGUGGCGAACCCCACACAGACGGAAUGUAUUGAUAACCGCCAGGGCUUCUGUUUCACCGAAGUUCUGACCACUCUGUGUCAGAUGACGUCAAGUAACAGAAACCUGGUGACCAAGUCUGAGUGCUGCUGCGACGGUGGCCGAGGCUGGGGUACCAACUGUGAGCUGUGCCCGCUGCCCGGGACCACCCACUUCAAGAAGAUGUGUCCCCUCGGACCUGGGUACACCACCGACGGCAGAGAUAUUGACGAGUGUCGUGUGAUGGGGAACCUGUGCAAGAACGGUCAGUGCAUCAACUCGUUGGGCUCCUACUCCUGCACUUGCUCUGUUGGCUACACCACGGACAUCAGCGGCACUCAGUGUGUUGACGUGGACGAGUGCAUCCAGGCACCCAAGCCUUGUAACUUUAUCUGCAAGAACACGGAGGGGGGCUACCUCUGCUCCUGCCCGCGGGGCUACAUCCUGCAGGAGGACGGGAAGAGCUGCCGAGAUUUGGACGAGUGCUCCACCAAGCAACACAACUGUCAGUUUUUGUGUGUGAACACCAUCGGGGGCUUCACCUGCAAAUGCCCCCCUGGCUUCACUCAGCAUCACACCGCCUGCAUCGACAACAACGAAUGUGCGACUGACCCGAAUCUGUGCGGAGCCAAUGGCGUGUGCCAAAACUCCCCAGGGAGCUACAACUGCGAUUGCCAGAGAGGAUUUUCUCUGGACGCCAACGGUCAAAACUGUGAAGAUAUGGAUGAAUGUGACGGCAAUCACAGGUGCCAACAUGGCUGCCAGAACUUGGUGGGUGGAUAUCGCUGCAGCUGUCCUCAGGGUUACCUGCAGCACUACCAGUGGAACCAGUGUGUUGAUGAGAACGAGUGUCUGAACAGUCAGAUCUGUGGCGGCGCUUCGUGCCACAACACCCUGGGAAGCUUCCGCUGCCUCUGCCCCACCGGCUUCAACUACGAGCAGGCGCACGGGGGCUGCUCCGACGUCAACGAGUGUUCCACCGCCCAGAACCCCUGCAAGUUCGGCUGCUCCAACACUGAUGGAGGAUACCUCUGCGGCUGUCCGCCGGGCUACUUUAGAGCAGGGCAAGGGCACUGUGUCUCAGGUCUGGGCUUUGGUGCUGGAGGGUCGACUACUGCUGCUCCACAGGGUGGAGAAGGCGACGACAACUCCUUGUCACCUGAGGCCUGCUAUGAAUGCAAGAUCAACGGCUACCCCAAGAAAGGACGCAAACGUCGAAGUACCAAUUCAACCGAAGAAGAGCACGUGCAGGAGACCCAAGAAGUCAUCAGCCUGGCCAGCGUGGACCUGGACGACACGCUCACGUUCCACUUGAACAUCAGCGACCUGAGCAACCGGGACCACAUCCUGGAGUUCACGCCAGCCUUGUCCGCCCUCAGCGACCACGUGCGCUACAGCAUCGACUACGGGAACGAGGAGGGCUGCUUCAAGAUCAACCAAAGAGACGGCGUCAGCUACCUGCACCUGAGCAAGAGGAAGAGCCUCGCCCCCGGAGCCUACGAGCUUCACAUCAGCAGCGUCCCCCUCUACAGGAAGAAGGAGCUGGCUGUGCUGGAGGACCAGCAUGAUAAAGACUACCUCACAGGACAGCUGGGAGACACUCUGAAGAUGAGGGUGCAGAUCCUCCUCCAUUAACCGUCGCCGACCGAAGCAAGCGGGUGUCGAGGGCUGCUGCUGAUCCAGGGUCAGCUCACCGUCCCACGAAAGAUCGCUGGCUUCUCUGACUCUGGGUCAGCGGUGAACUUCCUCCCAGGGGGACUGGAGACUGCACCGUUUCAUUGCCAAAGGUGAUUCUACAUAUCAUGGAUACAAUUGGAAAAUUUGUGGGAAGCACAAAACCAGUGUGUGAAUAUGUUUUUUUAAUUAUGUUGUAUAAUGAUAUGUGGAAUCAGGUGCCAGUCCGAGGCACUGUGAGAAGCACUGUGGCUUCCUGAAUAAGACGAAGGUUCCCGAUAGUCUGAAAUCAAUUCAUUUCCUCCCCUCAGGUCAAAGACUGAGCAGAUAUGGAAUCAAACCGUUUCGCUUCAUUGGAUAUUAAUUGAACUGAGUGUCAGGAGAGGGAAGGAAGGCGUGGUGGACUAUUGAGUCAUGUGGCCAUGACUGAGCUUGAACGACUCCUACUGCGUAUUUAAACUUUGCCUUUCUUUUUUUUGUUUUGUUUUUUUUUUCUACAGACUACAAUACUUCAUAUUUACUGGUGCUAGCGACGAAAGCAUAUAGACUCUUGAAUGCACUGUACUACUAUACAAACAGCCUGAUCUGUGGUUCUGAAGACGCCGUCUGUGCAACAGCUAACGUCCAUAUCCGCCGCCUGCUCUCCUCUACGCGCCAUGUAAAUUGUGUUUAUAUGUAAUAAUCAACGCCACUUUUAAUCUAUGAAGCAUUUGUAAAGCAGAGGAAGCCCCUGGAUUAGAAGGGUUUGUAAUGGUGCUUGUAAUGACCAACUACUUCCUUUGUUAAUGUGUACACACACUCACACACACACACACUCACACACAUGCUGAUGAUGCCAAACCUGGGCCUUCAUGAUUAUGCACUGAGGUCUCCACGGCCGCACGUUCUCUCACAUGUACUAUCAGUGCUGCGUUACCGCGGACCCCAGUCUGGGUUCAUGCUCACAUCCGUGAGGGUUUUCAUGUAAA